UGUGUUCACUAACUGCGAUAAAAAUGCAAAAAAUAGGCGAGGCCAAGGGAGAACGAGAGACUAAAUUUUACAAAUCUUACCACUUUGGAAAUCCCAAGUUCCACACAGUUCAUUGCACAAUACUUUCUUUGUAUAAAAUGAUGAGGCAAUGAAAUAAGAUCACAAAGUCCAGCUUUCUGUUCUACAUGUACACAGCAGGCGGUGAAAAAAGCAGUCCCCUCGUUCUUGGAUCAAAAUUUAUAUUUUUGCGAAUAUGGGAGGCUCCAACUCCAAAGGGCAAGUGUUGUCGAAAACACCCCCACAGCCGCAGUAUGAGCCUCCAUAUCAUGGGCCGUCAGCUGAAUACUGUUUUAUCAACACGAACGUAACAAUGUCCGCACAAGUCAGUUUCGGGUUCAUGUCAAACUCUAUGGUGACAAGCAACGUAGAUGCUUACUAUCCUGUCCUAGCCCAGCCUUAUGCCCAAGGUUUCAGGCUGCUUUCUUUUUACCAUAUCCCUGGUCAGGUUCAAAGAACUGGGGGCCUUUUCAGCAGGGAUGUGAUGAUGCCUUUUCAAGGAAUUUACUGCCGCUAUCCAUCGGCACCCUCAAAUCAGGGGUAUCAGCUGAAAAUUGAGAAGUCUGUCAUCCAGCCGCAAAUCGUGUGGAAUGGUUUCAUCACGACGCGUUCUGACGUUGUGACAGAUAUCCAGCAUCUCUUCCAGACCAUCGCCAACAACACACAAAAUGGUGGCAGGCUCAUCUGCAUAGAGCUUACAGGGCAGGAGCAAGUCCAAGCCAGUUUUUCAAUGAACCAAAGAAUGCCAAGUAAUUAAUGUAGAUCUUCCUGCAGGCUCAGAAACAAA